AUGGAUCUCAGUAAAAUAAACUUAAGUAGUUAUAUGCCAGCCAUGCCUUAUAAAGUUCGUGAAUUAUUCGAUAAAGCAACUAAUAUUGUUAUGAACUACACGGAAACAGAAGCCAAAGUUGUUGAAGCGACUAAUGAUGAAUCAUGGGGUCCAUCUGGCAAAUUACUACAAGAACUUUCUCAGUUAUCCUAUUCCUAUGAGCAUUAUACUGAAUUAAUGGGAAUGUUGUGGAAACGUUGUUUUGGACAAGAUAAAAAAUUAUGGCGACGAACAUAUAAAUCUCUGCUCGUUUUAACCUACUUAAUCAGAAACGGAAGCGAUAAAGUAGUGACAUCAGCACGAGAGCAUCUCUAUGAUCUGAAAAGUUUGGAAAGUUUUUCCUAUCAUGAUGAACAAGGAAAAGAUCAAGGCAUUAAUGUACGUCAUAAAGUGAAAGAAAUAGUUGAAUUCAUUCAAGAUGACGAUCGACUUCGCGAUGAACGGAAGAAAGCGAAAGUCAAUCGUGAUAAAUACGUUGGUGUUGGAAGUGAUACAUCGUCCUGCCGUUAUGGUGAUCGCUGGAAUGACUACGAAGAGUCCAGUAGUGGAAGUAAUUCAACGCGAAAGAAAGAUUUCGUUGAAUUAGAUGGUCGAUGGCGAUCGACAAAUCCGUCGAUAUUUGAAGAAGGUUUUAACAAAGCGGAAGAUUUAGCUAAUAAAAUGAAAGAAAUGGUUCUUGAUCAACGACGACCAUCACACGAUUAUUCACCGGACGUUAGUGAUGAUGAAAAUCGAUACUCGAAAAAGAGUAACGAAUAUCACGAUUCUACGUGGAAUGAUCCAAAACCAGAGUAUCGUAAUAAAACCAAGGAGAGUGAUUUUGAAGUCACAAAAACUUCAACAACAGCAAAUAAAACUCGAUCCUCGACAAACACGACUAAAAAACCACAAAUGGCUGCGCCAGUUGCAACACCUGUAACACCUCAAGCACCUGUUGUUGAUCUGUUAGGUGGUGAUGACGAUGACGGUUUUGCUCCAUAUGUUCAAGCGCCCACUACUCAAUCACCACUUGAUGAUGAUUUUGGUCAAUUUCAAGAAGCAACAGAUAUUCCAACCAAACAAGUGAUACCACCAACUACAGCAACACAAGCUUCAGUUUGGACAGCUAACACGAAUUCUACUCCAUCAGUUCCUCCAUCUUCGGUGAAAUUCGAUCCAUUUGAUUUAUUCCAACAAACAACAACGUCAACAGAUCUUUUACAACCAAUGUCUACAACGACAACAAAACCAGCAUUCCCAACUACUAACAACUCAUCAUCAAAUGAUUUAGACUUUUUUAUGACAUCACCUCAACCAACUCAGCAAACGAACACGUUUUUCGCCCCUCAACAACAAUCAUUUGUACGUCCACAGAUGUUUCCACCACAACAACCGAUGAUGUUUCCGUCUACACAACAACAAUUCAAUAGACCAAACAAUAAUUCAUUUAAUGCAGUCUUUCCGACCUCAUCCCCUGAAGUAGAUCAACAACAAAAUCUUUCUACUUUGGAGAAACAGAAUACUUGGACAUCGGCACACGGUAAAAUUGACAUAUCAUUGAAUAAUUUAAUUCCACAUACUCGUGGCGAUGCACAAAAAUCUUCAUUACCACUCAAUCAACUCACCAGUCCAACCAGUCCAACAAAUAGUGGAUUUCCAUCGCAAAUGAUGAUGAUGAAUAAUAACAAUAUUCAUUCCAUGUUUCCAAACUCAACACUUCCAACACACGGUGUAGGUAGCCGUCCAAUAUUGAAAUAA